CAUGAGGAGAACGUCGUGUGUUUGCAAAACACGAUGCGGAAUAGACUGCAUAUGGAAGGCUUUAAAUGAUUUAACCGUCGCUUGUUUCUGAAACCCCCGUAUAAUUGUAUAGUACGUCAAUCUAAUCUAAUCAAUUUCCUAAAUAAUUGUCAUUAUUAAGUUAAACCUAUGUUUGCUAUAGUGGGCUGCUGAUCAGUCGAAAGUAUAAAGUACAAGUUGUUUUUUGCAUUACUAGAAGGAAAAAGGAAAUCCAAAUAUGUCUGAUUUCGUUCGGAAGGACCGUAACCCCAAAUGGCCUUGCUUCUGUUUUGCCUUCUAUUUUGUUCCAUACAUAUAUAAGUAUAUAUUUUUAUUUAUGUUUUAAAAUUUUAACGGUAAAUUAUUUUGUUUUUGAUAUUGCUAAUGAAAGAAAGAAAUAACGGCUCCUUCCUUGUCCUGCGGCUUUGGGGCAUCCGUUGCCAUGGUGACCGUUAGAGAACACACUCGGUUCAAGGAGCGCAGCGCUAGCUGGGUUAGCAUCGCUAGCUAACUAACGCCACACUAGAGGCCAGUGGCUGUUGUCUUCACCUCAUUUAGAACGAGUGAGCCGCGGCGAGAGACCGGGGAAGGAGGUCAGACGGUACGCAGGUCAGCUAACGAGAAAAAGAUGCAAAAAACAUCAGAGGAGGAUAUCCAAACUCCUGCUAUUCACCCACAGGACCUCAAUAAAAUUCAUAUACCAAAGCCACCCAAGGGUCGUCAAAAAGCAGCGCUCAGGGCUUGUGUGCGUAAAAUGCAGCCAGCUGAUGGAGGCCAUGUGCUGCGAGGGCCGGUGGCUCAUCCAGUGAAUCCUGCCCCUAACUCUCAACUUCUGGACUACACAGUUAGUUAUCUAGAAGCCAAAGAAAAGACGGAGUUGGUGAAGCACAUCCCAAAGUCCAGGACACACUAUCAAUCCGAGGCCCCGGGGAGUCAUCCUUCUGAGGCUGUGGAGAGUGGGCACGGGAUCCCUUCAGGCCCCAGAAACAUUCAGUGUAAUGCGCUGCAGAAUUGGCAGACACAUAUGACGCAGCGUAGACGUCAGCAGCACUUCUUAUCUGACUUGCUCGACAGGCCUGUUGAAAACUUAAUGAUGAACCAAGCUAAUCAAUUCAGAGAAACCCAGGAGAAGAGGGAGGUUCUAGACCAGGUCAUGCCACCCAUCCACUCUGGAUAUGGUUACCGUGUGGGCAGUGAAUUUUGGCGCCUGCCCACGUGUUAUGGAGAUGAUACGAGUGGCAUCUCAGCCACUCUGACUCAGACAGAGACGGGCAGGCGGAAGCCCGUCACACACGUUGGACAACCGAGAAGCAUACGCCAGGAAUCAGGAAUUUGUGCUGAGACUCUGUGUCCAGCCUCUCGGACUUGGGACCAGAGUGGAUCCCCGAGGCAGCAGUGUCAGGAGCUCAGAGAGGUUCUAGGGGACAUGGACAUCAAAAAGCCGGAAAUCAGUGGACUGGAGAUCAUUGGGUCAAGCAAGCCGUUCACUUCGGUCUCUGAGUGUGGUUCCCCACUUGAGGAGGAGGAGGAUGAUGAGGAGCCAGAGCAUGGAAAAACAAAGAAGAACCCUGAUCUGGCACAAUGUGAUGGUGUUCAGUCAGAUGCUCUGCUCAUUCCUGCCUUGAGGUUCUGUGGUCAGCUUGCUAGAUGGACCGGAAACUCUAUGACUCAAAAGGGAAAAGUAGGACUCAGAGCCACAUUAUUCUUUGAGGCCCCGACUGGAGAACUUGCCUUUUCCCAUCUGGAGCUGCACAAUGAGGGCAGCACAGCCAUCUUCUACAGCUGGGAGCAGCUUCCUGUGGUGCACAGCUUUGCUAAACUGAUAUCCCAAACAAAAAGCCUGCACUUCUACUUCAACUCCUCCCCUGGUGUGAUCCGUCCCCGUGACACCCAGCGGGUUGACUUCAUAUUUAAGUCGGAGGUCGCAGGCAUUAAAACUGAACUGUGGCAGCUACACACACACCCUGUGCUGCUGCAAGCAGCCUCCAUGCAGGUCACGCUGAAGGGCUUGGCUCAGUACCAGGACAGAACUGCAGACCAGAGGCUUUUCUUACAGACAAAGCUGGACGAGAAAGUGAAGGUAAAAAUGUGCCAGUCGAUUGUGGAUGAGGUGCUUUGGAUGGUCAGAACCCCAGAGAGACCAUGCACCCCGGCAGAACUCGGUGUCAAUGAAGAGCAGGAGUUUUUAAGCCAAAACCCCAAGUUGCAGUACCUUCGUCAACCAGUAGAAGACCUAAAGAGACUGUGGCAGGAUUGGCAGCCGGAGCGCCCCUGGGACUUAUCUGUUCACACACUCCGACAGGUUGUUCUGUCUCCGCAUGGGCAAGAGUCAGCGCAGGAGGAGAGCCUGGCCCAGCUCAACUCCCUGCUUCUGCAGCUUUGUGAACCUCGUCAACGGAAUCACCACAAGAUAACAGCAGCAGACAUAGGGCAGCAGCUGUGGGCCAAACUGCUUGACACGAUGGAUGCUGAGGCCACGAGGCUCAGAGACCUGCUGGGCCUUCCAGUGAAAGACAUAUGGAUGGUAAAAAAGGAGAAACCCUUAAUCUCUGAUACUGGUGAGACCCGCAGACUUCCAAUCGGACAUAGACGGGUGGAGAGUCAGUUGGCCGAAAACAAAGAUGAGAAGAGUGAGAAAAAGGGAGAAGCAGCUGCUGAAGUGGAGAUUAUUGGAAUCAAAAGGGAGUCCCAGUCAGCAUUAACCGAGGAAUCAGUGGAGGACAGCGAAAAGAAAGGGGAUAGAAAGAAGGAAGCGGGGGAACGUCCUCAGAAGAAGCAAGGAAAGGAAACUGCCUCGCUGACUGACAUCCUGCCCGACAACGUCAGUCAACAACCUCCAGAUGUGGAGUUGAUGGACGUUUACACAAGGCAGUUGCACAAAAAGGUUUAUGUGCUGAUGGAAGACUUGGUGGAGAACCUGUGUGACGUGAUGGAUGAUCUCAAUGAGAGAGAUGAACAGGACCCACACUGUUAACACGUAAAAGACUGGCACGGGAGACGCACUUUGUUCUUUCUAAAUCAAUAAACUUCGUAUUCUUCUGGUA